CUCCCUCUCCUUUUUCAACUACGCCACACGCCUUCAUUCGAACAGGAGAAGAGCGUUUUCUUGGGGGGUUUGGGUGUUUCCCUAGAGAGAGAGAGAGAGAGAGAGAGAGAUCGGUGUGAAGCAAUGGCGGUUUCCAGUGCAUUCAUCGUUGGGCCGAAGCUGGAGACCUUGUUUCUGAAUCGACAUCAUCAUCUUUCGUCGUCGUCUUCGUCGACCCAUUCGGGUCUCCAUGGAGUCCAUGUUCUUCUGAGGAGCAAUCGGAACCGGAGAGCUUUGAUCCAUAGAGCGCGUUGCGAACUCUCUUCCUCCGAUUCCGCGUCUAUGGCGUCUAGCAUCUCCGCUCUCGAGCAGCUCAAGACUUCUGCCGCCGACAGGUAUACGAAGGAAAGAAGCAGCAUUAUCGUGAUUGGUCUCAGCGUUCACACUGCUCCCGUCGAAAUGCGAGAAAAGCUUGCCAUUCCUGAAGCCGAAUGGCCUCGAGCUAUCGGAGAAUUGUGUGGUUUGAAUCACAUUGAGGAGGCUGCCGUCCUCAGUACCUGCAAUCGGAUGGAGAUUUAUGUGUUGGCUCUGUCUCAGCACCGUGGAGUCAAAGAAGUCACGGAAUGGAUGUCCAAGACGAGUGGAAUCCCGGUUUCAGAGAUAUGUGAACACCGAUUUCUGCUGUACAACAAGGAUGCGACACAACAUCUUUUCGAAGUCUCGGCUGGUCUGGACUCUCUCGUUCUUGGAGAAGGUCAGAUCCUUGCGCAGGUUAAACAAGUGGUUAAGGUCGGGCAAGGAGUUAACGGGUUUGGGAGGAACAUAAGUGGGCUAUUCAAACACGCCAUCACGGUUGGGAAACGUGUGAGAACAGAGACGAAUAUCGCUGCUGGGGCUGUUUCGGUCAGUUCAGCUGCCGUUGAACUCGCUCUAAUGAAGCUCCCGGAAUCUUCCCAUUCGUCUGCUAGGAUGUUGGUAAUCGGAGCAGGAAAGAUGGGGAAGCUUGUUAUUAAGCACUUGGCUGCAAAGGGUUGCACAAAAAUGGUGGUUGUGAACCGAAGUGAAGAAAAAGUUGCCGAUAUCCGUGAGGAGAUGAAGGGUGUUGAGAUUAUCUACAAACCCCUCGAGGAGAUUCUAUCUUGUGCUGCAGAGUCCGAUGUAAUCUUUACAAGCACAGCCUCUGAGACUCCAUUGUUCUUGAAGGAACAUGUUCAAGAACUCCCUUCUGUCGGUUCGGAUGUUGGAGGUAGAAGACUCUUUGUCGAUAUCUCAGUUCCGAGAAACGUGGGAUCUUGUGUCGGUGAAGUAGAAAAUGCUCGGGUUUACAACGUGGAUGACCUCAAGGAAGUGGUAGCUGCAAACAAAGAGGACAGACUAAGGAAAGCAAUGGAGGCUCAGGCCAUUAUAGCUGAAGAAUCGAAACAGUUUGAGGCUUGGAGGGAUUCUUUAGAGACAGUUCCAACAAUCAAGAAACUGAGGGCUUAUGCCGAGAGGAUUAGGGUUGCAGAGCUCGAGAAAUGCUUGUCGAAAAUGGGGGAAAACAUCGACAAGAAGACGAGAAGGGCGGUGGAUGAUCUCAGCAGGGGAAUCGUGAACAAACUUCUGCACGGUCCAAUGCAGCAUUUGAGAUGUGAUGGCAGUGACAGUAGAACCCUGAGCGAAACGCUCGAGAAUAUGCACGCCCUGAACAGGAUGUACGGUUUGGAGACUGAUCUGUCGAUGUUAGAGGAAAAAAUCCGGGCCAAGGUGGGGCAGAAGUAGCGCAUCUUUUCCGGAACAGACAGUUAGGAAAACCCGAAUAAGAGGAUGUAAACUUCUCCUCAGGCAUUCACCGAGGUAUAUAUAGUCAUUGUAUAGGUCUCGAAUGGGAUCGUUGAUUCAAUUUAUUCGCGAGAAAAGACGCAUCUAACGUUCACCCGGAUCAUUCCAGUGUCGUCAGAUGUAAUCAUCAGAAAGUUGAUAGAUCUCUGAGUAUAGAGUAUGAUCAAAGUUCCAUUUACAGCCUCUGUAACUUGAUGAACUUUGGUGCAUCGCAGUGUAGAGAAUGCAUUUGUCUCUCGGCUUCUUUUAUCCCACUUUGGUGUUUUUGAGUAUUUGCACUUCUUGUCCUAAGAACAUUCCCAAAGAUGUUUUUGCAUUGAAAUGGUGAUCGAUUUUAACUGUUA